GGGAGUUAGUAUUUACGAGAGCAACGGUUCUUGUGAUUCCUUCCUGAGCUCGGAGUCAGGGGAACGAGCAACCCUGCUUCACGUGCCUACUUUCGUCUGCUGCAGCCCCGAAGCAUGUCCGCUGACGGGGAAGCGCAAUAACACAAUGGGCCAUGAGUCAGCAAAUAUUUCAGGAGAGGGGAGAAAACCUGGCCCAAGGCGACAUCAUCGAUUCAGCGUCUUGUUUCUUCCAUCUGGGAAAUUUUUUCCUGCAUCCGUUUAAGCCCUACUCUGCUGCCACCUUACCACACGGUUGAUGGGUGAUGACCAGAUGAAGCAGCUGAGCCCACCCUCUGGAAUUGACAUUUCAGAUGAUGAGCUGGUCAGCAUAUCUGUUCGUGACUUGAACCGACAGCUGAAGCUGAGGGGACUCUCAAGAGAAGAGAUAGUCCGGAUGAAACAGCGGCGCAGGACCUUGAAGAACCGAGGUUAUGCAGCCAGUUGUCGGAUAAAGCGCAUCGAGCAGAAAGACGAUCUGGAGACGGACAAGGUCCACAUGCACAUGGAUUUAGAGAAGAUGGCAGAAGAUAAUGAUCGGAUGAAGCAAGACGUCAAUUCGCUGAUUGCCAAGUGCGAGGCCCUAAAGAAGUUCGCCCAGCUGAAGAAGAUUCCCCUUCCUCCAGAGCUGCAGACCAUCCAGUGAUUUGCACACAUAACUUUGCAGUAUUUGUUGGUGAUGGUUACUCUGGGUUCUCAGGUACCAU